AUGCAGGCAUUGUAUGAAGAAGCGAUCCUAGCUUUUAAUGUCCUGGGGAAGAAAUCUUUCUUCUUAGGGCAGGUUGGAAAUGGAGCGAAGAUGAAACUUGUUGUCAACAUGAUAAUGGGCAGUAUGAUGAAUGCGUUUUCAGAGGGACUUGUACUGGCUGGCAACAGUGGACUUGACCCUCAUACUCUUCUUGAUGUAUUGGAUCUGGGUGCAAUUGCUAAUCCAAUGUUCAAGUUGAAGGGACCCACUAUGAUCCAGAGCAGUUACUCCCCUGCUUUUCCGCUGAAACAUCAGCAGAAGGACAUGAGGUUGGCUCUUGCCCUUGGUGAUGAAAAUGCUGUAUCAAUGCCGGUAGCAGCUGCAGCCAAUGAGGUUAUACUCUUUUUUCAUCUCUUGUAA